GUGUGGUCAAAAUGCGGAAACGCCGUUGACGUUGCCGAGUUCCCGGCGAAACGGAAGAGACACGGAACUUGCGAUCGAAUUUACUUAGCGAUUUGCGAACUUGCAAUUUAAAAAAAAAACGUUAACAGAUGGAACGAGCCGCGAAAACGAUCCGGUCGAGCAGACGCGACAACGAUUUCGAUCACGCGGUGCGUGUGACCCGCGUCAUCCUGCAAAUGAUAGGCGCGUGGCCGGUUUCCACAUUCGCUUCCGACCUGCGAAAAAUUGUCACCCGCUCGCAAAUUGCCUUUGCCUAUUUCCUGUUCGCGUUCAUUCUGGUUCCGGGAUUUCUGCUGAUGUUCUUGAAGGAACGGGAUUUCAAGCGAAGAGUGAGAUUGCUGGGGCCGCUGCUAAACUGCUGGAUGAGUUGUCUGAAGUACAGUCUGCUCGUGUACUACGCGAAGCAGAUCCGAGUUUGCCUGAAGCAGGUGCGACGGGAUUGGCGGGAUACGGUCGAGCAAAACGAUCGGCGAGCGAUGCUGUUCAAGGCGAGAAUCGGCCGUAAGUUCGCGGUUGUUUCCGCGAUUUUUAUGUACGUCGGCGGACUGUCUUACCGCACCGUCAUGCCGCUCGCGAAGGGACGAAUACCGACCCCGAUGAACACCACGGUGAGAGCGCUAGCAUGUCCGAGUUACUUCGUCAUAUUCGACGAACAGGUCUCGCCCGCGUACGAGAUCGUCUUCAUCCUGCAAUUCUUCGCAGGGCUGGUCACUUACUCGGUGACGUGCGGCGCGGCCGGAUUGGCCGCGUUCUUCGUCAUGCACGUUUGCGGACAGCUGAGCAUUCUGAUCGGCAAGCUGCAGCGACUCAACAACAUAGCAGCGUUCGACGAUCGAGCUGUCGCGAUAUCGCUGGCCGCUAUCGUAGAACAUCAGAUAAAAGUAAAGAGUUUUUUGAAACAAAUAGAGGAAGCUAUGCGAUAUAUAUGGUUGGUGGAAAUAGUGGGGUCUACUAUACUUCUAUGUCUUGUGGGGUACUACGUCAUUAUGGAGUGGGAAAGCAGCGACGCUACAGCCAUGCUAACCAUGUCUGUGAUACUUACAUCUUUCACGUUUUCGAUUUUUACCAUCUGUUACGUCGGUCAGCUUCUGACAGAUCAGAGCACCGAAGUCGGAUUGAUGACGUCCAUGACGGAUUGGCAUCGUCUUCCUCACAAAGAAGCUCGCAUGUUGAUCUUGGUAAUGGCGAUUUCCAACAUUCCGGCAAGAAUAUCAGCAGGUCGGAUGAUUGAGAUGUCUCUACCCACGUUCGGUAACAUAAUCAGAACUUCAAUGGCGUACUUCAAUCUGCUUCGAAAAUUCAUCAUAUGCAACCAACCAAGUUGCGUCCGCCAGUUGCAAUCGAGCGAUCGCUACGCGAACAAGCGAGAAGAGAAAAAUUGCGAUCAAGAGAAAUUUUGCUUUUUCCUCGACAUGUACGCCGUGAUCAAAGGCGUCGCUGGUUCACUCAACGUCAACUACAACGACGACAUAAGAUACACCGUGCGGGUGCACCGACUGAUCUUGGGACUGAUCGGCGUGUGGCCGAUCCUGGGGAAGCCUCAGUACAGAAAGAGAUUGCUGAAGGCGCUUCUCAGGAUCAUCUGUUGCUUUCUGCUGUCGUUCAAUCUGAUACCGUGGAUGCUCUACAUGUUCCUGAUCCUGGACACGUUCAAGAGUAGGAUCAGAAUGCUCGGCGGGCUCUGCUUCUACAGCAUGGUGCCUGCCAUGUACUGCGUGCUGAUGCUGCAGGAGAAUCGCAUUGGCGAAUGCGUGCGGCACGUGGAGGAGGACUGGAGAAACGUGAGAGAUGCGAACGACCGCAGAAUCAUGCUGGACCGGGCGAAGUCCGGACGUUUCAUUCUCAUCUGCACCACGUUGUUCCUCCUCACCAGCGGCCUGUCCCACCGUCUGAUUCAACCGAUAUUCCGCGGCAAGAUCGUCAAGGGAAACAUCACCAUCCGUCCGCUGGUGCAGGGCAAUUACUUCAUCUUUUUCGAUCCGCAACAGAGCCCCGCGUACGAGAUAGUGUUCUCGAUGCACUUAUUGACAGGCGUCGUUAUAUACUUCGUGACGGCCAGCGUCUGCGGGAUCACCGCGUUGUUCACCAUGCACGCCUGCGGACAGCUCGAAAUGCUGUCCGCUUGGCUGGAAAAUUUGGCAAACGAGGACCAACGACCGACGAAGAAUCACUCCGCCCAAAACCUGGCAGUGAUUGUCGCGCGUCACGUGAGAGUGCGUCAAUUUUUACAUCAGACACAAGAUGUCAUAGGAGAAAUGUGUUUUAUCGAAGUUAUCGGGAGCACUUUAAUAUUAUGUCUCUUAGGAUAUUAUGUAAUAACGGGUUGGGAACGAAACGAUUCACUCUCCACCUUGACUUACGCCAUAAUGCUCGUGUCUUUUACCUUCAACAUUUUCAUAUUGUGUUACAUUGGCGAAGUUUUAAACAGUCAGGGGAGUAAAGUAAAUACAACUUGCUGCACGAUUGACUGGUAUUACCUGCCUAAUAAAGAAGCUCGUUAUCUUAUUCUCGUGAUCGCCAUGGCCAGUUAUCCUUCGAAACUUACGGCGGGCAAAGUGAUCGAUCUUUCUUUCAGCAGUUUCGGUGCUAUUGUUAGAACCGCGAUGGCGUAUUUAAAUCUACUUCGGACGGUCACUAUGUAACAAUGCAAA